CAUAGCUUAUUUUUGUGGUGCCAGGUAACAUUGCUACAGAUUUCUGUUCCUUCUCGAACCGAUGUGAAAGAGUAUCAGGAUCUGAAGGAAGAGAUGGACCAGCUUGUAGGGCGUAUCAAUGGCAGCUUCACCACUUACAGCUGGUCGCCAAUUCGUUACAUCUAUGGCUGUGUGAGUCAUGAUGAGUUGGCUGGUUUUUACCGUGAUUCUGCUGUGGCCCUUGUGACACCCCUGCGUGAUGGAAUGAACCUCGUAGCCAAGGAGUUUGUAGCAUGUCAGAUCAACCAGCCACCUGGCGUUUUAAUUGUGUCUCCAUUUGCUGGAGCUGGUGAAACGAUGCAUGAAGCUCUGAUCUGCAAUCCGUAUGAGAUCAAUGAGGCUGCUGAGGUUCUACACAGAGCUCUCACAAUGCCAGAAGAUGAACGGACAUUACGAAUGAAUUCUCUUCGUCGCCGUGAGAAGGCCAAUGAUGUGAACUUCUGGAUGAAGUCAUUCAUGAAACAGAUGGGCUCACAAAUUGAGGAGGAGGAUGCUGAUGAGGUCAAGUCUGUCACCAUGCAUCCAGUGACCAUGGAUGACUUUGAGGAGUACCUUGCUGA